AAAAAAAAGAUCAAAUUCGAUCGGCUCUGUUAGACAAAAGUGCCUCUCAACGACACAUUGUGUACCUUGACAACGACACUGUUGGUGAAGUAACUAGUUGAAAACUAUAGCUUACACGGCAAGGUGGUCGAAACGAAAGAGCGAAAUUCAACAUGGGUUUUACGGAGCUAACGAACCCUCAUGUAGCUAGUAAUCUUCCUGGAUAUCGUGGAUACUGUCCGCAACUGAAAURCGAAUGUGGUCACACAUAUGGUAUUGCUACAGAUAAACUGACUACAAGACACACACGAAAUGAAAAACUAAGGACGACAAAACUUGAAGAUACAACCACAAGAUCGUUAUAUUUACCACAACCGAAUGGCGACAACAAGUUAACAGCAAACAUGGUUCCAGGAUACACAGGUUACGUUCCAAACGUUCGUUUUCUUUACGGAUCGAGAUACAAAGAAGCCACAGAACAAGCUGUCAGCGGAUUCAUGAUGAAAGAUGGCAAGCAUCGACAAGAGAGUGACCAGCUUAAAACAGCCGUGUACUCAAAAUCCAAGCUAACUACUCGGGCUGACUUCAAAGAACCCAACCAGUACCCUGAUCUACGACCAAGAUAUUCCAAGAAUUACUUCCCAAGUGAACAGAGAGAGUUUUGUGAAGCGCCAAUGCCAGGGUAUACUGGGUACGUCCCUCGCAGACGAGAACACGAUCUCAGGAUGAGAUAUGCAACUUGGAGUAAAAACGGCUUCACAGACUCGCUGGAUAUGAGGGUGAAACAAGAACAUCUUGCAACGAAAAAGAUUGAUCACACCACAAUGCCUGAAGCGACCAUCACGGUAUCCAACACCCAACACGGUACACUAUAUAAAGUAUACGGAAUGAAGCCCAAAUAUACUGGAUAUAUACCACAACGUCGGUUUAGGUUUGGUAAUACCUAUGGUGACACAACACGAACCUUGCCCAUAUGUGGUGACACUAAUGGAUAUUCAGUCGGCAAAUACAUCACCAAUCCUGUCAUGUAAAGCAUUGCGUGACAUUAAUGUAGCUUAGCGUAAAACCUGCGAAGGAUAUGCUAACAUUCAGUGUUAAGUCACACCAGAAAUUAGUCUUCUGUUUCUGUUUCAAACGCGACUGAAACUUUCAAGUUGACGCCAAAAAAGUCGUCGUAUUCAUUCAAAAACGUUUUGAAAGAAGUUGUUUCGCAUCUCGCUUGGUCGUGCGAAGUAAAGGACUUGAAAAUGUAUAGUUUACUACAUAAAGGAUUAACAGGGGUGGGUAUGGGGACCCCGGCUGGGGAUCAGCUAACCCGGUUCGCUAAUUAUUUUUUUAGAAUGUUAUGUGUAACACGUAACACAGGUAUCCCGAUCCAAAAUCUGAAUUCACCCCUCAUUAAGGCGAUAGAAUAUGAAUGAAGCCAUUCAAAAUAAAGUGCCGCCAAGAUAAACUUUUCUCUGUCAAAUUUCUACGUGAGCCAAAUGUAGGCCAGAUUGGAUCCAAAAGAUGGACAAACUUUGGUCCAGAUUUCAAUAUGGUUAUUUUGCAUCUCUGAAGUAUUUAUUAUUUCUAUUGAAUUUUUUUAAAUUUCUACAAGAUAAAUUUAAAGGACGCAAUAAGUAAUCUCGCACAAAAAAAAAUAUAGAGAAGAUUAUUCAAGUGACAUAAAUAAGCAAAGCCAUCAUAAAAUGCUGCCUAGUACACGUAGUAACAGAGAAGGUGUUAUUCGUAAUAGAGCAUGGUUUCUAUAUGGCUCAGUUUUUCCAGGUUUUCUUUACUGUGAAACUUCGGUUAAGCCCCGCUUAAGGCCCUUAARGCGAUUUUCACGGCGACGCAAAAUCACGCGUGUGAACACCCGGCGAUUUUACUGCGAUUCUUUCUGUAGUUGUGCUGCGAUUUUCUGCGAUUUUCUCGGCGAUUUAUGAAACGCAAUCAGUUGUAGCAGCGGUCGUAACCAUGACGCAUGCGUAGUAAAAUGUUGUUUCAAUUUUUUUGUUCUUUAAUUGUUAACAAAUAUGUGAAAAGCCGUGAAAUUUCAGCGUUUUGGGGCCUUGAUUUGCUAUGAAUAAUGAUGAAUUUGACCCUGCCAAUUGCGUCGCCGUGAAAAUCGCCGAAAAAAUCGCACCUCAAAUCGCCGAAAAAAUCGCCCGUGUGAACACCCGGCGAUUUUACUGCGAUUCUAAAAAUUCACGUCGCCACGAAAUCGCAGCUGUUUCGAACAUGUUCAAAUUUCACUGCGAUUUGGCUGCGACUUUUGUUGCGAUUUUUGUGGCAAUUUUCGGAAAUAUGAAACGAACGGUGUUAUAACUAAGUAAUUUGAGGUUUAAAACUAGCACAGGUUUCUACAAUCUGACAAACAAGAAAAACCAACAAGGUAAAACACAUUGAAGCAGCAAUAGAAACCAUGCUUAAUAAACUGAUGGAAAGGUUUGACAACCACUGUCAUUUUGAAAAAAAAAAUUUUUUAGUAUGUUUGACUAGUUUUUGUUUAUAAACUGCAUCAAAAGCAUAAUUUACAGUAAUCCAUAAUACCAAAUAUUGGUGCUUAUGGAAAUAAAAAGGUUAUUUAUUAA